AUGAGAUCAACAAAUUUAAUUCUGAGGUCGGCUAUUUUGGUAUCGCGAAGGGAUGCGUCGACGAUAAGGUCUUUGAAAUUACCGAUUUCCAGGGUAAGCGAGCGUAUUUUAGGUUUACAUUGGGGAUGCAGCGGAAAUCGAUCGGGUUAUUUUCCCCUUCGGGGCAAACAACGUGGUUUUCAGCUUGUUUUUGUUACGUUUUCAAGGUUCCCAAAGUUAAAACGUUGUAUACAAACAAAAAAGGAAAGGUUAUCAGGAAAGUUAUUCUGUUUACAGAAAGAAAAGAUGUUUGAAAAAAUAGAACAUGCAUUUUCAGAAGUUUAAAAGCCUUUUUUUGGGGAAAAAUUUACAUUCUUAGCCGGGGGUGUCAUCCAAAUGAAGGUAAAGUAAUAUAAAUCGAUUUUCCAGACUCCUCAUGCCAAAUAUGGAGGGCGUUUCACUGUCACAGCUCUUCCCGGUGAUGGAAUUGGCCCCGAAAUGUUGGCCCAUGUCCGAAAGAUUUUCAAAUUUGCUCAUGUGAGUUAAAAUUAUAUUGUAGUAGGUACUAAAAGAAAGGAAAUGGAUGUAACCUUCUCAUUUUAGAUCCCAGUGAACUUUGAAGAGCUGGAUCUGAGCUCCCGUGACCUCAGCAACGAAGCCAUGGAGGAAGCCAUCAUUGCGAUUCAUAGAAAUGGCGUCGCCGUCAAGGUAACAUCAUCAAGUUUAGAUACGGAUUUUAUUUUUAGGGAAAUAUUGAGACCAAAUUCGACAAUCCAGAGUUUGCCUCGCGAAAUGUGGAGUUGAGACGGCGCUUGGAUUUGUACGCAAAUGUCCUGCAUUGCGUUACGAUCCCGAGUAUUCCAACCAGACACAGUGGAAUUGACAUCGUUUUGAUCAGGGAGAACACCGAGGGAGAGUAUUCUGGGCUGGAGCAUGAGUCGGCCAAGGGUGUUAUUGAGAGUUUGAAGGUAAUUUUGGGCUCUUUGUAAUUUGUUAAAAUUUUAUAAAAAUUUAUUGUGAAGUUUUUUAUAUUCAAAUUUUGAUAGUAUUAAGGUUAGAAUAUUCGAUAUACAUUUUUAAAAUUUUGGAUUGAAAUUUGAAGAAUUAAAUAUUAUUUACUAAUUUAUGCAAAUUUUUGUUUAAAAUUUAAAUAUUCAAGUCUUGGGGUUUUAUGUGGGGUACCCUGUAAUUUUUAUCGGGGAAAUUUGAAUAAACAGUCAAUUGAAAAAAUAUUUUUUAUAAGUAAUUAGCCCAUAUUCAGAUCGUAACCCGCAAGAAUAUCGAGAGAAUCGGCAAGUUUGCCUUCGAAUACGCCCUCCUGAACAACCGCCGCAAGAUCACGGCUGUCCACAAGGCCAACAUCCAGAAGUUGGGCGACGGUCUCUUCCUGCAUGUCUGCCGCGAACUGUCGACUCAGCCCAGAUACAAGGACAUUGAAUUUGACGCCAUGAUCGUGGACAAUGCCUCCAUGCAGCUGGUCUCGAAGCCGCAGCAAUUCAGUGGGGGAAUUAUGCUGAUGCCCAAUCUCUACGGAAAUAUCAUCUCAAAUAUUGCUUGUGGAUUGGUUGGGGGACCGGGCUUGGUGUCUGGCCUCAAUAUUGGCGACAAAUACGCCGUGUUUGAGACGGUAGGGGAAUUUGAAAUUAGUAUUUGGAGUGAUUACCUUGGGGUUUGAAUAAUUUAGGACUAAUGUCUGAAUUUUUUACAGUGAAUUUAUAACUAUUGUUAAUUACAAAUUACGUAAAAAACUUUCAGGGAACCCGAAACACGGGAACCUCCCUUGUUGGCAAGGACAUCGCCAAUCCCACGGCCUUCCUCCGCGCCGCCGUCGACUUGUUGCGCUAUCUGGAGCUGGAUUCGCAUGCUGAUCGCCUUUCCGACGCCAUUUAUCAUGCUCUCACCGUCGAAAACAUCCACACACCUGACAUUGGAGGGAACAACAAGUCCUCGGAGAUGGUUAAUGCCAUCCUCCAAUACCUCCGAGACCAUCCUUAG